AUGGAACCCACAGCCAUACUACCUCGCAAAGCAUUGCGUACUGUUGUGAUAAACUUCCAAAGUAUCAAGAAUAAAGUCCCAGAAACUCAAGCUCUAACUGACAAUGCGGAGCCUGAUGUUAUCAUAGGCACCGAGACAUGGUUGAAUAGCAACAUAUCAUCUUCUGAAGUCCUUCCUUCCAGUUACAACGUGUUUAGGAAAGAUAGGUCUGAUGGAGCAUACUAUCGCCCACCGAAUACAACAUCCGACGAACAUGCAAAACAAGUUACAGAAGACCUGGCCAAACUACGAAUGGAGCAUCAGAAAUGCAACUUCUGGAUUGGCGGAGAUUUCAACCUGCCGGACAUUGACUGGCCCUCCCAAACGGUCAACUCCUACCAAUACCCUGCUAGCAUGUCAAACCUCUUUCUAAACAUACCAACCCAGUGCGGCGUGGUGCAGGUUGUGGAAUCUCCAACACGAGGCAGCAAGAUUCUCGAUCUCUUUUUCACCAACAACCCAUUCCUAGUAGAGAAGUGUAAACUAACCCCCGGUGUGGGAGAUCAUGAUGCUAUUCUUGUCGACACUCUUUUCAGACCUAGAAGAGUGAAACCUACAAAAAGGAAAAUCUAUCUUUGGGACAAAGCCGACACCUCAGAUCUUAAAGAUGAAACGGCACGAUAUGCACGCACUUUCAUCACCGAGUCCUUUCCAUCUAUCGACUCCAUGUGGUCAUCACUCCGUGAUAAUAUACUUCGCCUCUUGAAUAUUCACGUUCCACACAAGCUUACUCGUUCCAAACACACAGAUCCUUGGAUAAACACCGAAACCAGACGACUAACUAGGCGGAAGCUAAGGGCAUUUCAAAAGGCAAAGACCACCGGAAACCGAAGGGACAUACAAAGGUACAAUCGCCUGAAGUCAACAUGUCAGAAAUCUAUCCGCCAAGCCCAUGACAACUACAUGCGAAACAUUAUCAGUCCAGAGGCAAAACAGAAUCCAAAGAAGUUCUGGUCCUUCAUAAAAGGCAAGAAGCAAGAGUCUUCGGGAGUCUCCCGCCUGAGAAGCUCGGAUGGUCUAAUCCAUAGCGAAUCUAACACAAAAGCCAACAUCCUCAAUGCCCAAUUCCAGUCAGCAUACACCAAGGAGGACCUAACUACUAUGCCAAACAAAGGUCCAAGCCCAUAUGACCCUAUGGCUCCUAUUAUAUGA